GGCCUUUAGAGCGAGAAAAACAUGUUUGGCAGCUGCUGAUAGCAUGCGAGCUAAUGGUUAGCAGCAGUACAGGAGGAGUCAUGCUCAGGUUAAAGUAGAAACAUAGUCUCGUUUCUGCAUUUAUUUUUCUUUAGAGAUGUUUUCCCGCUUGAAUAUGUUUAGAAUCGGGUGGAGAGGCGUGCAGUUGAGCAGGAAAGUCAAUAAUGCAGCUGCUUUUGCGCAGACGCAGCGCCGCUACAGCACAGAUGUCUGUGAACAGGACCGCAGCUUGUUUGGGCUUCUGUUUGACAUCGAUGGAGUGCUGGUACGCGGACGGACGCCCAUCCCUGCAGCUAAACAGUGUUUUAGGAACCUGGUGGACAGCGAUGGAAAAUACAAGGUUCCUGUGGUGUUUGUGACGAACGCCGGGAACUCUCUGCGGCAAACCAAAGCCGAGCAGCUGUCUCACCUUCUGGAGGUUGAGGUGUCACCAGACCAGGUGGUGCUGUCCCACAGUCCUCUGAGGGUUUUCACCCAGUUCCAUGACCUGUGCGUGCUGGUGUCCGGACAGGGACCUGUGGUGGAAGUUGCACACAAUGUAGGCUUCAAGAACGUUGUGACCAUUGACAUGCUAAGGGAGGCGUAUCCUCUCCUGGACGUGGUGGAUCACCAUCGCAGACCCAAAGACAUGAUUCCCCCAUCGAAAGAUUUGCCAACAAUAGAUGCUGUCAUCCUGUUCGGUGAGCCUGUCAGGUGGGAGACAAACUUACAACUGAUUGUUGAUGUGCUCUUGACCAAUGGGAGGCCAGGAAACCCGGUGACAUCACUGCAUUACCCACACAUCCCUGUGCUGGCCUGUAAUAUGGAUCUGAUGUGGAUGGCCGAAGCUAAAAACCCUCGAUUUGGUCACGGUAUGUUCCUCGUGUGCCUGGAGAGCAUCUAUAAGAAGAUAACAGGCUGUGAGCUGAAGUACGAGGCUCUGAUUGGGAAGCCCAGCGUUGUGACUUACAACUACGCCGAACUACUUAUUAGACAACAGGCCGAGAAACUGGGCUGGACCCGACCCGUCGAGAGACUUUACGCCAUUGGUGACAACCCCAUGGCUGAUAUUUAUGGUGCAAACCUGUACAACCGCUACCUCAAAGCGAUGCAUCGCAGCCGUGCCCAGGUGCAGGCGCAGGGCGGCUCGGCCAGCCAGGUGACCGCAGACCUGGCGUGUGAAGCGUCCGACGAUGCCAAACGUUCAGGACAGGUGAUGGUGGGAGGCUCGUUCGAGCACCGUCUGCCUGAAGCCUGCAGCUCCAUCCUGGUCUGCACUGGCGUCUACAACCGUGACCAACAGGACUUGCCCGCCGACCCCGAGCAGACGGUCACGGAGCAGCAGAUUUUCCACGGUCACCGGGACUUCCGCUUCGACCCCAGCCUCACUCAGCCUUCCUUCAUCGUCCAUGACGUUCGGGAUGGAGUGGAGCUGGUCUUCCAGCUGGAGGGUUGGCCGCUGCAGUAAACCGCCAUCUAUUAUGCCAUAUCUACUCGCGGUGCGUCAAGACACAUCAAAACGGAAUAGGUCCUGUUAUAAUCACUGAAGCUGUCUACACAGGAAGUGUUAGUUGCGCCUUUUAAAUUUUUGUCUAUUGUGUUUUUUUUUAUUUUUAACAUGGUUUGGAUCUACUUGAGCCAUUUUAUUUUGCCUGUCCAUCUAAAAUGAUUUUACUUGCAAAUAUCAUGUGUUAUUUGUCGGGCUGUAAAAUUAAUUAAUCGCAAUUAAUCGCAUCUAACAUAAAAGUUGUUUUUACAUGGUAUAUGUGUGUGUAAAUAUACUAUUAUAUUUAUAUAUUUUAUAUAUGUGUAUGUAUACACACACAAGCGCAUAUAUAUAUAUAUAUAUAUAUAUAUAUAUAUAUAUAUAUAUAUAUAUAUAUACACAAACUUUUAUGUUAGAUGCGUAAUCUAAUCAUGAUUAAUCGAUUUUACAGCCCUAGUUAUUCGAUUGCUAUGAAUUUUAUUUGUUAAAUACUCAAGCAUGUCAUUUUUUUGGUGGCUUUCUCUCUAAUUUAAAUCAUGUUUUGCUUAUGAACAAAUAUGGAAGGUCAUUAUAACAUAAAUAAGGUAAUUGUAAAGGUGUGGCAGUUAUCUAUUGUCAAUAGAGUAGCGAUGUAUGAAGCACUGCUUGGUUUGUUGUUUUUAACAGAACUUCAUUAGCAUAAAAGUGUACUUUUAUGUAACUGCAUAAACUAAAGCUCUUUUCUACUUUAGAGUAAAAAAUGGUAAUUGCGACUUGAGACUUUGUUACAAUGUUACUUUACAUCUUACAAUGCAACUUUAUUUCUUAAAGUGUUAGUUCACCCAAAAAUGAAAUUUCUAUUGUUAAUUACUCACCCUCAUGUUGUUCCAAACCCGAUUCGUUCAUCUUCAGAACACAAAUUAAGAUAUUUUUGAUGAAAUCGGAGAGCUCUGUCCCUCCAUUGACGGCUACGCAACUACCACUUUGACGCUUCAAAAAGUUCGUAAAGAGAUCGUAAUGCAUAGAGAUCGAAUCCAUAUGGGUCAGGUGGUUUAAUCCAAAUUUUCUGAAGUGACUCGAUCGCUUUAUAUGAUGAACAGAAUUAAUUUAAGUGUGAACCAAGCAGCGUUCUGUUGGUCAACGCAGCGAAUCUGUGUGACCAAUUUGAACUUUUUGCGAAAUCUGUAUUCAGGCAAUAUUCCUAAUCACAUAUAUUCAUAUUGAAAUGACAAAAAUUCACAGAAGAACUGUAAAUGUGACCGCACGACAAUGUGCAACACGAGCAAAGAUCGGUGUGAUUUGAAUUAAAUGCAGCAAUUGAUGUAAGACUGAAGAGUUUGACGUUUACAUCUAGACAAGUGCACCACUGAGAAAGGACGUAUCCUCAAGCAAUUGUCACAAGCUCAAACUGAGUGUUGAAGGAGAUUCAGCGUGAUACACUCUUAAAAAUAAAGGUUCUUUAUUGGCAUUGAUGGUUCCAUGGAACCUUUCCACUGUACAAAAGAUUCUUUAUAGUGGAAAAAGAUUAUUAAAGUGUUCUUCACACUAAGAAGUUCUUUUUAGAAUGUUCACUGAAAGGUUCUUUGGGGAACCAAAAAUGGUUCUUCUAUGGCAUCGCUGUGAAAACCCCAUUUGGAACAAGCACAAGGUUAAACGCUUGCAGCAAGGAAAGAUGUUCAUCUGUGAGCGAAGCCAUACUAGUUAAUGAAGAAACUACACAAUGCCAUUGACAUUUUUUUCCUCCAAUAGGUUGUUUAUAUGUGUGUUCUCUGAAAUGUCUGUUAUUAAAGUUCACGUACGCCUCGGUUAGUUUGUUUAAAUAUGAACUUUUUGGUUCGCUGUAACACACUGUACCUCUUAAGAGCCAUUCACACAGGAUGUACACUUGCAGUAUUUUUCUAACCGUUUUAUGUAUAAGACUUAGAUGUUUUGGGCAUCAUGUCGUACUGUAUUUUCAGAUGUGAUCAAGUAGUUCAACUUUUACAAAUGUGUUUUUCAUUUUGUUCAAUUGUUCUGUCUAGCAAGCUGCAUUAUGUCUGUUGUUUGUUUGUUUUAAACAUUUUAACACACAAAUCACUGAAUUCAUAUCUAGUCCUUUAAAUAUAUUGUUUUGUGUUACGAAAGAACAAAGAAAGCAUUUAAUGACUUAAUGUUUUUAAUAUUUUAUGCAUUUUAUUGUACUGUACACAAUCUACUGCAGAAUAAAUGUCCCAUAAGAGGUAAACUGUAAUAUUAUACUUACAUAAUGUUUACAAAGUUCAUUUAUUAAAUGCAACAUUAAAUUUUC